GUCACGCAGAUAUAGCCCUGGAGAAUGGGUCUCCGGAUUCACUUUGUGAUUGACCCACAUGGUUGGUGCUGCAUGGGUUUGAUUGUCUUUGUCUGGUUAUACAAUAUUAUUAUAAUCCCCAAAAUUGUCCUCUUUCCUCAUUAUGAAGAAGGACAUAUUCCAGGCAUAUUAAUAAUAAUAUUCUAUGGCAUUUCCGUAUUUUGUCUGGUUGCCUUAGUGAGGUCCUCAAUAACUGAUCCAGGAAGACUCCCCGAGAACCCUAAGAUCCCACAUGGAGAAAGGGAGUUCUGGGAAUUAUGUAACAAAUGUAAUUUGAUGAGACCAAAGCGUUCCCAUCACUGCAGUCGCUGUGGCCACUGUGUUAGGAGAAUGGAUCAUCACUGUCCAUGGAUUAACAAUUGUGUUGGUGAAGAUAAUCAUUGGCUUUUUCUGCAGUUGUGUUUCUACACUGAACUUCUUACUUGUUAUGCACUGAUGUUUUCUUUCUGCCAUUAUUACUACUUUCUUCCACUGAAAAAACGUAACUUGGACCUCUUUGUCAUUAGACACGAAUUAGCCAUUAUGCGCUUAGCUGCAUUCAUGGGCAUUACUAUGUUGGUUGGAAUCACUGGACUUUUUUAUACUCAACUUAUUGGCAUCAUCACAGAUACAACAUCUAUUGAAAAGAUGUCCAACUGCUGUGAAGAAAUAUCGAGGCCCCGAAAGCCGUGGCAGCAGACCUUCUCAGAAGUUUUUGGCACUCGCUGGAAGAUCCUGUGGUUUAUUCCUUUCAGGCAGAGGCAACCACUGCGAGUUCCCUACCACUUUGCCAAUCAUGUCUAAACAGAUGGAUGGUGGGCACAGAUGGGUCCUCCAUGCUGGAAAUGCGUUACAGGUUUUCUGAUAAUAGAACUAUGACAGUCUUCAAGUCAAUUAAAAUCCACCCACCAAUCUUAGACAUCAUAAUGUGCCCCAGGCUUUAUUUUAAUAGUGAUCUUGAUCCUGUUGUGGGACUAAUACAAGAUCUAUAUUUAAGUUUUAAAGCAUGUUUACUUUCAAUUUAGGUUUCCAUGGGGAUUUUUAUAAAUGCUUUUGUUAAUUUCAAAAGGAAGUGAUUGGGAUAAAAUAAUUGUACAUAAUUUCUUUAGUACUGACAAUAUAACAGAUUUCAAUUUGUGGAAAAUUUCAGAUGUUCAUAUACAUUUUUUCACUCUUAAAUACUACUAACCAAAUCUGAGUUAAUUCUUAAGAUUUAGCAGAAGUUGACAUACCUUAAAUGUGGAUUUUAUUUUGCAAGUUGCAGCUUAAAAGUAUAUAAUACUUGAUUUCAUAGUCAUGUGUUGCAAGACUUUUUCAUGCAGCAUCAAAUUGAAGAACAAAUGUGAUGGUAAAAAGGGCAGUGUUUUUUUAGAAAUAGUUUUCUACUAAUUCUUCUUUCCUCUUCAUCAAAUUAAAAUGAAUAUACCAAUUAUAUAUCUUAUUUUAAAGGCAUAGUUAAUUUUUCUCACUAGCUCUUUACCUCCUUCUCCUACAAUAUUGUCAUUGUUGAUUAUUGUUAACUUGCUGGCUUCAAGGAAAAAUCUGUGAUCAGUGGGCAUGUAUUCCAAUUUUACCCUAAAAUUUUGACGAGUAAAAAGGGCAGAUAUUUUGCAAUAAUUACAUAGGUAUCUUUUCUAGUGCAGUUAUAUUAGAACGCAUAUGUUUUAAGAGUGCUAGUAUAAGUAGAUAGCAUAUAAUGUACAGUAUAAAGAGGAAUAUUAUGCUUUGAAAAAAUAUAUAUACAUUCACUUUUAUUUACCUGUUAGUACGUCAAAAUUACACAGUCGUGGUUUAUAUAUAACAUAUUAGUCAAUUAAUAUUGACAUUUUAUCUAUAGGGAUUACGAUAAAAAUAACUUCUAUAUUCUUAUAAUCACCCAAAUCGAAAUUAAAUUGGAAUUGGCCAACUAUAGCUUGAAAGAUUUAUUUACUAGGAGCUAAUGUUAGGAGAUUACCCUGAAUAGGAAAUACAAUGACAUAUAUUUAUCUUGCCUUAUACAGAUUAAAUCACCAAUAGUGAUGGUUUCUUGGAAAGCAGACUAUUGUGUGAAAAGACAUGUAGCAUGCUUUGAAAAUAAUUCAGCCUUUUAAUAUUUGCCACUAGAAUAUUGAUAAUUUAUAUUUUAAUAAAGUUAGGUAUUUGUUUCCCUUAAAGAGAAGGUUAAAGAAGUCUGCUGUCUUAGAGCAUAUUAAUAUUAUCCUUUUAGUUAAUUUUGACUCAUACUUGUGAUAUCAUGAAAGGGAUGGUUACCAUAGUUAACCAGUUAUUUAUACUGUGACUAGUGCUUACAGAAUUUGUAAAUAUCUUUUAAUGUAAUAGAAUGAUAUUUUAGAGACAUAAGUACCUUGUUUGAUUUGAACACUUAUCAUUUAAAAACUUAGGUUUGGGGCUGUAGUUCAGUGAGAGAAUGCAUGUUUUGCAUAUAUGAAGUCCUGGGUUCUAAUCCCUGACUCACCCUGAUCAUUCCUCCCCCAAAUAGAACCAAUUAGAUGUAGCAGAUGAAGAUAUUUAUUGGUGCUGAUACGGUGCAUAGUAAGUUUAAUACAAGAAAUAUGUUUAUAGAGCUUAAUGAACCACAAAAUUAGUAUGUUUGUUUCAGGUGAUGGGUUGAGUUUUGUUCAAGCUAGCUAGCAUUGGCUAAAUGCAGCCUAGUGACAGAAAUGUCACAGGGGAAGUAAUAUGUAGAUAAUGUAGAUAAAUCAGUUGAAUGACUUAUGAUGUUUAUAUUCCUUUCAAAUAAAGUC